AUGGCUCUCCCCUUGCCAAGCGGGCCAGUCCCGACUGAAGUCGCUUUUCUCUGUGAAAUGGAGCUCGUCACAGUCGUGCCACGGCAACGGCUCGACAGCAUUGAGCUCCUCGGAGGUCCCACGCCACCCCUCCGACCGCCGCGACGAAGCGACAUACCAUUGUGGCUCGCCAUCCUGCUAAAGAAGCAGCGGCGCGCCAACAUUGUCGCCCCAGCUUGGCUACACCCUGCGUCCCUACGCGACAUUAUCCAGCACGAGACCACGACCGACACGAGCGGCUGGGCGCCUCCUCCCCCGCCACCCGUCCGCGCCGACGCCCGUGGCAACGCGCGCCGCAUCGACCGCUACGACCAUAACGACGACGAACACGAGACGGUCCUGUCACCCCCGUUUCUGCCAUCCUGCACCGCCGCCGCGCCUUCUGGCGCGCUGCCCUACCACUGGUUCGAGCUCGCCGAGAUGCUGCUCGCGCACGCCGGCGACGACGUGCCGUCGGCGUCCGAGGUGCGCUCGCUGCUGCGCGACCUGCAAGAGGUGCGCGGCGCCAAGAUGCGCGCGAGCACGGCGCAGCUCGAGGGCGGCCUCGACGGCGUCAUGAGCCUGCGCGGCGUGGGCGCCAUGGAGCUGGCCGAGAGCAGGGGCUUUGUGACGGCGGUGGUCGAGGGGCUCCGGAAGCUGGGCGCGAGCGCCGAGGCCACGCGGAGGGAAGAGGAGGAGGAGGAGCGCGGCGGAGCGGGUUCUGGCGACGACGGCAGCGAUGAUGACAUGGGACUGUAA